AUGGGUAGUUCUGAUAAGGUAGAGAAAAAGAGAAAGCACGAAGCAGGUGAAGAGAUAAGUGAGAAGAAGCACAAGAAGGAUAAGAAGGAAAAGAAGGAAAAGAAAGAGAAGAAGGAGAAGAAGGACAAGAAGGAGAAGAAGGAAAAGAAGGACAAGGAAGACAAGGAAGGCAAGGAGGACAAGAAGGAAAAGAAGGACAAGAAGGACAAGAAAGAAAAGAAAGAAAAGCCAAAAUUCACUGCAGCACCAACUGGAGAUGCUGCUUCUUCUAUAGGAUAUGUUCAAUCUGAAAGUUUAACCAGCCUUCCUCAAUCAGAGAUCGAAAACUUCCUCUCCACAAACGAAGUCACAGUUGAUGAUCCUCACAAGUUGAACCUUCGUCCAUUGUUAUCGUUCGACCAAAUCAACCUUAAUCCAAAAAUUGCCAAGGUUGUAGCUAAGUUCCCUUCUCCUACACCUAUUCAGUCUGUCUCAUGGCCCUACUUGUUGUCUGGAAAGGACGUUAUUGGUGUUGCUGAGACCGGUUCCGGAAAGACGUUCGCUUUCGGAGUUCCAGCUAUCAACAAUAUCAUUACCAUGCAAAAGAAAGGACUCAAUGUGUUGUGUAUUUCCCCAACCAGAGAAUUGGCUCUUCAAAUUUAUGACAAUUUGGUGGAAUUGACCAACACUAGCUCUGAAUUGAAGUGUGUUUGCAUCUAUGGUGGUGUUUCCAAAAGUGACCAAGUUAGAGAAUUGAGAAAUGCCAACGUUGUAGUUGCUACUCCAGGUAGAUUAUUGGAUUUGCUUAACGAUGGAGCUUUGAGCUUAGACAAGGUAGACUACUUGGUCCUCGAUGAAGCUGAUAGAAUGCUCGAGAAGGGAUUUGAACAAGAUAUUAAAAAUAUUAUUGGGCAAUGUAAAUCUAAGGACCAAAGACAAACCUUGAUGUUCACUGCUACCUGGCCAAAGGAAGUUAGAGAAUUGGCCUCUACAUUUAUGAAUUCGCCAAUUAAGGUUAGUAUUGGUGACAGAGACGAGCUCAGUGCCAACAAGAGAAUCACGCAGAUAGUGGAAGUCAUUGAACCUUAUGACAAGGAAAAGAAAUUACUUGCCCUUUUAAAGAAAUACCAACUGGGACCAACUGCCAACGAUAAGGUAUUGAUUUUCGCCUUGUAUAAGAAGGAAGCUGGUAGAAUUGAGGCACUUUUGCAAAGAAACAGGUACAAUGUUGCUGCCAUCCAUGGAGAUUUGUCACAACAGCAAAGAACCAAUGCAUUGAAUUCAUUUAAGCAAGGACAACUGUCUAUCUUAUUGGCUACUGAUGUUGCCGCCAGAGGAUUAGAUAUUCCUAAUGUUAAGACUGUUAUCAACUUGACUUUCCCGUUAACCGUGGAAGAUUAUGUUCAUAGAAUUGGUAGAACUGGUAGAGCUGGACAAACCGGAACUGCACACACUUUAUUCACUGAACAUGAAAAGCAUUUGAGUGGUGCUUUAAUGAAUAUCUUGAGAGGUGCAAACCAACCUGUUCCAGAUGAAUUAUUGAAGUUCGGUGGACAUACCAAGAAGAAAGCCCACUCGGCCUACGGUGCAUUCUUCAAAGACGUUGAUAUGACCAAAACAGCCAAGAAGAUUAAGUUUGAUUAG